AUGGUAGUUUCAACAACACUUGCACCGAUAAAAUGCAAUGAUAGCAAGAGAUGCAAACUUCCGCCCUUGAAAGACUUGUUCGCACCCACCUCUCUGAAUACUGACGCCCAAAUAGACCGCUUAAGAGAAGAGUUAUUAAGGAAUAAAGAGGAGUUACAAGUUAUUUUGAUGAAAGUGAAGGUUUUAAUGGAAGAGUUCGACUAUGGAUCAAUGGUAUUACUUCAAGCAGAACUCAAGGGAAUAAAGCAGUUUACGGAUCAAAUUCGAGUUAAAAUGAUCAAACACGAUUGCCUUGACGUUCACAACAAUGAAGAUAUAAAAAUGGAUCAAUUGGUCUUGCCAUCAUGGUUCCAAUUCAAAAGAGACGGACCUAAAUACUGUGUGCACUGUGAGUGUUUGGAAACCAUCGAAUGGCGUAAUGGGCCAUGGGGGAAAUCCACCUUGUGCAAUGCAUGCGGGUUGUGGUACCGGAAAUUGAGAGGAACAUUCAGUCCGGAACAGAGCUGUUUGAUCAUGGAAGACAAGAGAAUAAACUCCGACAAGAAUGAUCGUAAGGAAUCACUUAAAUUUGAUAUGGAUGAGGAAAAGAUGUCUGCUGUUAAAAGUUCUUUAAUUGAUCGUAUGAAUCAGUUCAUCCGCGAGGUAGAGAUAUCAAAGAGCACUAAGGUAAAAUUGGGAAUUAUUCCUAAGAACAGCAACAAGUCUCAGAAAGUAACUCCUCUGGAGAUGAACAAGUAUGACUCCAUAUCGCGCAUUUGCUGA